AUGACGGUCUACGGUGGGUCCGACAUAGUGUCGUGUUGUUCUUUUCCCACCUCUCUCAAGGGACCCGCGGUGUUGUGGUUUGCUAAACUGAAGCCCAACUCGAUCCGAAGCUUCACAGAGUUGGCCAAAGCCUUUGUCAGCCACUUCCAGAGCAGUGUGAAGCAGAAGAAGACCGCAACCAACUUGUUGGCCAUCAAGCAACACUCUGAUGAGUCCAUCAGAGACUAUAUCGCCCGCUUCAAUGUGGAGUGCCUAGAGAUCAAGGACCUGGACGAUGCGAUGGCCUUCAAUUCCUUGCAUAAUGGGGUCACCAAUCACGACCUAGUGAAGUUGCUUGCGCUGGACCCGGUGAUGGCCAUGCCACAGCUACUGGAUCCCUGCUACCAAUACGCCAACAUGUUCGAUAUCAUGAAGGCAAGAAAAGCAGUGAAUGGCAAAGCCCCUGAGAAAAAGGGGGCAAGCGAGAAGGAUGAGAAGAAGAAAGACACCAAGAGAACGAUGUCAGACAGGGACCAGAGCCCUGACUCCACUCCACUCAACACCACCAGGACCAAAAUCCUGAUGGAAGUCUAUGACUGGGGACUACUGCAAUGGCCUCAGCCAAUGUUCUCCAGGCCGGAGGACAGAAACAACAACAAGUUCUGCAAGUUCCACAAAGAUGUGGGCCAUGACUCCGAGGACUGCAGACCACUGAAGAGAGAAAUUGAAGAUGUGAUCCAAAAGGGCUACUUGAGAAGAUAUGUCAAGGAAGAUGCAAAGGCCAUGAAGCUGCAAGAAACGACCGAUGAAGGGAUGAUAGAGACCGUAGAGGAGAGGAUUGAGGUCACAACGAUGAUCGGAGGGACGAUCGUAGGGAGGUCCGCAAAAACUGGGAUGAGGACAAUAAGUCCACUGCCCCUGCCAUUCUCACCAUCCUGGGAGGACCAGGACAGGAGUGAGCCCACAAAGCCAAGGUAA